AUGCCGCAAUUGACCGAACCAAAUAACCUCCCUCCGGAACCAUUCAACUCAACAUACAAAUUCCAAAACACUACCCUCCGCCAGACAAUCCGCGUAAACUACCCAGCUACGCAGAUCCGUCUCCGAAUAUCCAACGCCUUUGGAAAUGAAGCUCUGCCCAUUUCAAAAGUAGCCAUCAGUCGAACCAAGAACAACACUCUCGGAAUUCAAGAGAUUCUACCCGAUACGACAAAAGAUAUCCUGUUCAGUGGAAAUCCCGACAUCAUUAUUCCCAACGGUGCCUUGGCAGUAUCCGAUCCGAUUAACCUUCCUCUGAAAAAAGCACAGGAAACUCUCACGAUUGAUAUUUAUCUUGAGAACGGACAGAGUGGCGGCAUCACAGCUCAUCCGUCAAGUCGGACUACAUCUUGGCUGGCGCUGGGGGAUUGGGUUGGAGAGCCGAAUCUAGGGUCGGAUGCAACGAGCGUCGAUCAUUGGUACUUUAUUAGUAGCAUCGAAGCCCUUCUCCCGAACACAGUGCAUAGCUGCGUGAUAAUCGGCGACAGCAUCACAGACGGCCGAGGAAGCGAGACCAACAAAAACAAUCGAUGGCCUGACCUCCUCAUCCCCCGCCUACAAAAUAACCCCUCCACAUCCUCCCUCGCCAUCCUCAACCAAGCCGUUGGCGGCAACAAGCUUCUAUCCGACAACGUAGGCCCGAACGUCCUCAGCCGAAUUGGCCGGGAUAUUCUCGCCCAGCCGCACGUCAGAUACGUGAUCAUUUUUUCCGGCGUCAAUGACAUCGGCUCUGCAGGCACGGACGACGCAUCCCAGACGGAUAUUGAGAAGCGGCUGCUCGUCGCAUAUGAGCAGUUUGUGACGCGCGUGCAUACUACAGGGAUCCCUGUGUUUGGGGCAACUAUCACGCCGUUUAUGGCGCCAGAGGGGGUCGAUUCUUUGUAUUCGGAUCCGAGGAGGGAGGAGACGAGGAAGAGGGUGAAUAGGUGGAUUCGGACGAGCGGGGUGUUUGAUGAGGUGUUGGACUUUGAUAAGGUUCUGAGAGAUCCGGACAAUGAGGCGCAGUUGAAGGAGGAGUUUAAUUCGGGGGAUUAUUUGCAUCCAAAUGUUGCUGGGUAUCAGAGGCUGGCGGAUGCGUUUCCCUUGGGGGUGUUUGGUAGGAACUUUUGA